AUGUCAAAGACGACGUCUUCUUCAACUAAAUCAAACCCCACAACCGCUACCACAAUAGUUACGGGGUCGACCCCUAACACCGAGUCCUCGAAUACCUCAUAUCAGACUACACGGGAUUAUGCCCAACUGGACAACAUCUCCCGGUAUCGGGAGAGUCCGUCCUGGAUGGAGCCAUAUUAUGCCACCGAGCGCAUGAAGGAUAGGGAGGGUCACCGGAGACGUAUUGGGGAUGUUAUUCAGGGGGUGGAGGAUAUUUUGGGUCUGGAACGGAAGCGGUCAUAG